GGUCCCCUGCAGGCGCGGGGCUUCUCUCCCCUACUGGGCGCACAUAAAUGCCCCAGCGGGCACUGCGUUGGGGACCACUGUGCUAGACAUUAGUCAGGGAAGUACUGAAAUGCUGGCCACAUGGGUUUUUGUACUCUGGAAAAUCACAGUUAUAACAUAUUAAUUAGUACAAAGUGAAACAUCUAGUGUAGACUAGGGCUGGUGUGUUUAAGUUUGUAUUUGCUGGCUGUGGUUAACCCCCCAGCUCAGUGUAGAGUCUACAAGGUCUUUUGCUCCAGCCUGGCGUUGCUGCACUGCUGGGUGAUGGUGGGAGAUGCUGCAGGGCCUGGGCCGGUGAAUGGAAUUGUGGUGGAGAAUCAAACGGCUGUUAGAGCAACGAGGGGCGUGAGCACCUGGGAGGUCAGCGGGUGAAGCAGAGCCCGUGGCCCGGCACGGCUGUAGGGUUCCGCAGGCUGGGCUGGGAGCUGCAGUGGCUGGCAGGUCCCAGGCUCUGAGCGGCAGGAUACGCACAGGCUGCAGAGACAGCGCCACGGGGGGUAACCCCGGAGCCCCAGGCUGCUGUGCACGGGUCUGUGCUGGGCCUGCGUGCGGCAGAGCUCCCCGUCCUGUUCUCGUGCGGGCCCGAGCAGCCCGGGGCGCGGCAGAGCCGCGGGGGGAGGGGAUCUCGUGCCUCACACGAGCAGGCCCAGCCUCGGGGAAAGCGUCGCUCGCUUCUCGCCGGCCCGCGGCAGAGCGCGACCUCUGGACCGGAGCAGCUCGAACCGGAGGCCACUCAGCGCAUGCGCGGAACCGGAAGUCCGCCAGGCAUUGCUUCUUUAGGGCCCUUCUAUGCUACUGAACUGAGGCGUUUCUAUAGCCCGCGGCUGCCGCUCGCUCGGGGAGCUGUGAGGGAGGGGGAGUGGCGGCGCCUCCGGCUGCCUCGCGGGGAGCCGGCGCGGGGGGAUGGGCGAGAGUACCAGCCCCAUCAGCGUGAUCCUGGUGAGCUCGGGCAGCCGCGGCAACAAGCUGCUCUUCCGCUUCCCCUUCCAGCGGGGCCCGGAGCACCCGGCCGCCCAGGCCGGUAAGCCAAGGAGCCGAUAUGCUGUGAAUAGCACUAAUGACAACACAGAAGACCAAGAUGGAGACUCCAGAGAGCAAUGUCCUCUAACUGAUGAGCAAUUGGUUUCAGGAUUUUCAGAUGUCAUCCUGGCAACAAUUUUGGCUACCAAAUCAGAUAUGUGUGGCAAAAAAUUUGAGCUGAAGAUUGAUAAUGUCCGUUUUGUUGGCCACCCUACCUUGCUGCAGCAUGCCCUCGGGCAGGUAUCCAAAACUGAUCCAUCACCAAAGAGAGAGAUGCCCACCAUGAUUCUCUUUAAUGUUGUAUUUGCCUUAAGGGCCAACGCAGAUCCAUCGGUGAUCAACUGUUUACACAACCUCUCUCGUCGAAUUGCCAUAGUUCUACAGCAUGAGGAGCGUCGUUGUCAGUACCUGACCAGAGAGGCCAAGCUGAUCCUAGCCAUUCAGGAUGAAGUGUCUGCCAUGUCAGAAACAGCAGAAGGUCCGCAAUCACCUUUCCAUCACAUUCUACCAAAGUGCAAGCUGGCCAGAGACCUCAAGGAGGCUUAUGACAGUCUUUGUACUACAGGGGUGGUGCGAUUGCACAUCAACAACUGGCUUGAAGUGAGUUUCUGUCUGCCUCAUAAAAUCCAUUAUGUUGCAACAAGCUUUAUACCUCCUGAAGCGAUUGAAAGAAGCCUGAAAGCUAUUAGGCCUUACCAUGCCUUAUUACUACUGAAUGAUGAGAAAUCGUUGCUUAAUGAGCUCCCAUUGGACUGUUCCCCGGCCCUGGUGAGAGUGAUUAAAACUACCUCUGCUGUGAAGAAUCUGCAGCAGCUGGCUCAGGAUGCUGACCUGGCAUUACUACAGGUUUUCCAGCUUGCUGCACAUCUGGUUUACUGGGGAAAAGCAAUUAUUGUCUAUCCACUGUGUGAAAACAACGUCUAUAUGCUGUCCCCCAAUGCCAGUGUUUGUCUUUACUCCCCUUUGGCAGAGGAAUUUUCAUGUCAGUUUCCUGGCCAUGAUUUGCCGUCUGUGCUUUCCAAGUUCUCUUUGCCAGUUUCCUUAUCAGAGUUCAAGAAUCCGCUAGCUCCGCCAGUACAGGAGACUCAGCUCAUACAGAUGGUGAUAUGGAUGCUCCAGCAUCGGCUUCUCAUCCAGCUCCACACAUAUGUCUGUUUGAUGGUGCCCCCGAAUGAGGAAGAUUUCCGAGCUCAAGAUGAAGACAUGCCCUUCACUGCCAGAGUUGGAAGCAGAAGUCUAAGCACUCCCAAUGCUCUCAGCUUUGGCUCCCCAACCAGUAGUGAUGAUAUGACUCUCACAAGCCCUAGUAUGGAUAAUUCCAGUGCUGAGCUGAUACCUGGUGGUGACUCUCCAUUGAAUAAACGGAUGACUGAGAACCUGCUAGCUAGCUUGUCUGAACACGAGCGGGAAGCUAUCCUCAAUGUCCCUGCUGCACAGAAUCCAGAGGAUCUACGCAUGUUUGCAAGGCUGCUGCACUAUUUCCGAGGACGGCACCAUUUGGAGGAGAUCAUGUAUAACGAGAACAUGCGCCGCUCCCAGCUGGUCAUGCUCUUUGAUAAGUUUCGCAGUGUGCUGGUUGUGACCAAUCAUGAGGACCCUGUGAUUUCAGUCUUCCAGUCCCUCUUGAAGUGACUAUGUGGAGUGUGGGAGGGGAACUGCUCCUCUGUUUUCAGCUCCUUCAGUCUUAAUAUUUUGUUUAUAUAAAUGUUAAUACAGGAGCAGGGUAGCAGCAGCCAGAGGUUCUACCUUUGCCAUUGACCUUCCCAGUGACCCUCAGCAAGUCACCCCUUCUCCCUCCCUUUCACCAUCUGGCUGGGGGAUGUAAACCCCAACCUGCUUGUGGACAGAGCUCUGCCCUCAAGAUGCAUGAGAGUGGGGAUAGAGAGGCACACACAAGUGAAGCAGUUCAGUCCAGCUACUCCCAGUGUGCCGUGUCUUCCCGAAAUCCCUGCCACUGGGCUGGGGUUCCUUGCUCCCUGCGCAGGCUGUGUGUGUGGAGUUGAAGAAAGGUUUUACCUUGGUGUCGCUGAAUAAACAACACUCACUUUGACUGGACAUUGGUGCAGCAGAAACUGGUUGCCUCUAUUCAAGUAGCAGAGCAGUGGUUUUAAAAAUGUCAAUGGCAUCUCCAGCCAAGUCUCCACUAGAAUCGCUACAGCAGCACAGCUAUAGUGCUGCUAGUGUAGAUGCUCUAUGCUGCUGAGAGAGCUGUCCUGACAGUAGCUGUGUCCACACCAGCACUUAAGUCAGUGUAUCUUGCAGUGCACAGAAGGGUAGCUUUUUCACUUCCGAGUAACUUAAAUUAUACUGAAGUAAGUGCUAGUUGUGUACAAGCCUUCAGUGUUGGCCUGAGGCAUGUAACUGCAUCCUGAGGUGCUUAAGUACCCUUGUGA